AUAAAAACGUCACGUUCAGGGAAAAGUUGCAGAAAAAUGGAAAAGCAGCAACAGAAGAAGAAAAACCCUAAGCAGCAGCAGUUACCGCUCAAUCCCAACUGGGCGCAGCUCAAACAAACGCUUAAAAACCAUGGCUCUAGGCCUUCAAGACCCUCAAAUAGUUCAAUCUCGGAAGCCCAAAAAUCUAUAUUAGGGAAGCGAAAAGAGAGACCCAAUGAAGAAUCUGAUGAGUCUCAGCUAAAUCCUCUCACUCCAACUAAUGAUGAUUGCAGUCUGACAGAUGUGAUAGCCAUCGAUUGUGAAAUGGUUGGCAUUGGUCAAGGAAACAGAAGCGCUCUUGGACGAGUAACACUGGUAAAUCAGUGGGGAAAUGUUAUAUAUGAUGAGUUUGUUCGCCCAAUAGAACGUGUUGUUGACUUCCGUACAAAAAUUAGUGGCAUUCGACCCCAGCACUUGAGGAAAGCAAAGGAUUUCACAACUGUUCAGAAGAAAGUUGCAGAGAUUAUUAAAGGAAGAGUUCUUGUGGGCCAUGCCUUGUCCAAUGACCUUAAGGCAUUGCUAUUGAGUCAUCCCAAAAAGGACGCGCGGGAUACUUCAGAGUAUCAACCUUUUCUCAAGGAGCGACGCAGAAAGGCCCUUCGGCAUCUUGCAGCUGAAUUUCUUGGUGCAAAAAUACAGAAUGGAGAGCACUGCCCGAUAGAAGAUGCUAGAGCAGCAAUGCUGCUAUACCAGAAAAACAAAAAACAAUGGGAGAAGGGAAUGAAAGAUCAAAUGAGACUGAAACAAAAACAGAAGAAGCGCAAGCACAAAAAGAAACCAAAAGUCACCCCGGGAGUUAACAAUGUUGCUACUGCAUCAUAGCAUUUGCCGCUGCUGACAUAUCAGGAGGUGCUUAUACGAGUUGAACUCUACUUGGCUGCGAUCCAGUAGCUGAGCUUCCGAAUGGUUGUGUGAAAGAAGAGGAUGCAGCAGUUGACAUUUUAUCAUUCAAAGCAUCCAGGGAAACGCAUGAUAUCAUGCAUUUAAGUAACUGAUUUGUUCACAUAAAUGUUGUCUUUUUGACAUUGUAAUUUUAAUGAAAUAUAAACUUUUAAGACGUUAGAGCCAACUGAAUAUAGAGUUUAUUUUUAAA